CUUCUUGUUCCGGGCGGACGCAGUCGAGCGUGUUUGUCAUUAAAAAGUUGACAAAUACGGUGAUCAAAACUUUUCGUCUGAGGUCCAAACCAUGGUUGGUCCAGAGCUCCUGCUGGACUCCAGCAUCCGGCUGUGGGUGGUCCUGCCCAUCGUCUUCAUCACCUUCCUCGUUGGUGUCCUCCGUCACUACAUCACCCAGCUGCUGCACAGCGACAAGAAGGUGGACCUGGAGCAGGUCUCAGACAG